ACAAUUCUCACCUACUGCCAUGGAAUCGACUGAGCGACUCGUUAGAACAUGGAUGGCCUCGCGUAGAGACGAGGAAAUUACUGAGACUGUCUCUAACAUAAAUAAUGGAUCCACAACAUUACUCAACGUCGUGAAGGUUUUGGGAGAGUAUCUCACAUCGGAAGAAGAUCAGUUACGGACUAGUGGUGUCGAGUUUCUAUCUUCUAUCCUAAGCAAAUGCUUCCCAGAAAAGUUGAAUCGGCAGUCCGUGCGAGUUCUAGUCUCGUUCUAUUGCAGCAAGAUGGAAGAUUGGGAUACUAUCAUUCCUUCACUACAAGGCCUAGCGCACUUAACUACUCUACCGACAUGUACAUCGGACGAUGUGCCUAAGAUUAUCGACUCAAUAUUUGAACGCGUCAAGAUGAAGAACCUCGUGCAAUCUGUUCGCUUUCAUGUCUUCACUAUCAUCCACAACAUAGUCGUGCGACACAGAGAUGUUUUGAAGUCAAUGGUUUCGGAUUUUGUGGAACGCUACGUUGUGCUGGUCGAGGGCGAGAAAGACCCUCGUAACCUACUCAUCGCGUUCGCUAUUGCUCGAGUGAUUGUCGUUGAGUUUGAUGUAGCCAAGUCUGUCGAGUCCAUUUUCAACAUCACCUUCUGCUACUUCCCGAUUACAUUCCGUCCCCCACCUAACGAUCCGUAUGGAAUAACCACAGAUGACCUUAGACAGGCACUUCGGCGCGUGUUGAGCGCGACACCCUUGUUUGGAACGUUGGCUAUUCCUUUAUUCCUGGAGAAGCUGACAGCAGGAUCUCCCGUCACCAAGAGGGAUACACUCGAGACAAUGGCCAUAUGCAUCCCAGUAUAUGGUAGUUCCAUCGCUCGAACCAACGCUAGGAAACUCUGGAAUGCUCUGAAACUCGAGGUUUUCCAACCAGUAGAUCAGCAAACAGAAGAGCAAGCACUCAAGACCACGCAGGACCUUGUCAAGACGAUCUAUUCUAAUAGUACCCAAGCCGACGAAGACAUUCAAGGACUAGCCAAAGAUGCGUGCGAGGAGUGUCUCAUGAUUUUACGCGAACCGGAGAAAAGUCAAGCCAAACACGCAAUCAACGUGCUUUGUGCUUUUAUGUCAACCACUCCAUCGGUAUCACGGUACACUGUCACUCAACUUAUUCCUUAUCUGAUGAAACAGUUCAUCAAACCUGACGAUGCAUCUGUACGACCGUCCGUUUUACUACUCGUGUCAGAUGUUCUUGCCGCAGCUCGAGAGGCCAUGUCACAUUUGCAUGAGAGUGAACUGGUUGAGGACACUCAGAAUGUUGGGACGAUUUUGACCUCGUUCAAAGAUGAGCUGACAUCCGUCAUCAUCUCUGGCCUGAAAAUCCCUUCCUGCCGACAGCCUGCAGUGGCAUGUCUCUUGGGUUUGGUGUCAAUAUCGGAUUUUCUUGGGGAGGAAGAGCUCGGAUUCAUUGUACACAAUGUCAACGAAAUAUUAUCAUUUGGAGAUGACGUUGACGAAGAUGAUUCGAAUGUCGCACUCAAACUCUUGUCGACGAUUGCAGUAUCAGCCCCGCGCCACAUUAAAGAGCAGGUCCUACCUCAGUUAUUCAGCACUCUUCCCGACUACGCGCCCUCAAAAGAAGCCAUAACAGAGAGAGUAAAAUACUGGAGAACUCUUACAGCUCUGACAAUCCUGUGCCGACAACCCGAACUUUUCGAGAUUCUGAUCAUUCGUUUGACUGCAAAGCUCGACCUUCUUUGUUUCCGUCAGGCCUUACUUUCAUCAGACGAAGCUGCGUUAGAGCCCGAUGCAGCUUACGCUCAUUCUAUUCUACAAACUAUUUACAAAGUCCUUUCGGCCAAAAUUGACGAAGAGCACCACGACGUUCCGAAAUACAUCGACAUUCUUGUCCCACGCCUCUUCAAUAUUUUCGUGUAUUCGACGAUCCUAUCCACAGAGCGAUAUGUUAUCGGAAUUGAGCCUCGCCUCAUCAUUACCGGUGGGCAGAUAAUCGCAUUGGUAGUUCAAUCUUUACCUAUUUCGAAGAAAGAAGAAUAUCUCCAAACCGUUUUUUCCGCGUACUUUGACGGAAACGUGAAGCAGAUUGCAGCAGGUCAACAAGCCAUUCCAUCCGACUACGUCUUUUGCCCUUUUGAUGCGUCAGCUUCUAGUGUCACGAAGAGUUUAGUGGUACUUUUGUCUUCCGCAACGACUGUGCUUCAAAAAGAGAUACUUAUGCCAGUUUCCGAUCUCAAUGUCUUCUUGAAUCAAAUUCUGGAUUGGAGUAUGACGAAAGCGGAUCAAGAGCACCAACGAGAGGGUAUUUGGAAGAUGAUUGCUUCCAUCCUCAACAAGCGCAUUGAGGGUGCUAGCAGUUUCCUGUCAGACCUUCUAAGCCAUUUUUGGUAUACUCAAAUUGCCAACGGUAGCGCGGCCCUGUCAACGCGUCGACAAGCAAUACGGGCAUGGGGUUGGAUGACCAAAGCUCUAUUGGUUAGGUCUCAUCCAUCAUGCGCGCAGUUCACAGAUCGGUUGUUCGACCUAUUUGUCGAUGAAGAACUAAACUGGCACGCAGCUAAAACAUUCGGAGACAUCGUUGGGGUCGAUAAAGUGCUCACGAAGAGAAACUAUGCCGUGAUCAAGAUCUUGCAUACACAACGCUUUGUCAAUAGCGUUCUUUCCCGAUUAACUUCUGGUGCCAAAACCUCCACAAACUCACAUGAACAGCUGGCACAUCUCGUCGCAUUAAGCUCUCUGAUAAGUCAAAUCCCUCGAAAUUUGUAUGCUCGUGAAUUGCCUUCGCUCAUCCCGCUUCUCAUACGCGGUUUGGGAUUACCGGACUAUAACAUUCGUUGUCAAGUUAUCGAAACUCUUCUAGCGGUAGCUGAGGAAGGCUCAUCGGACGAGAAUGUGAUACCUGAACAUGCCCCAUCUCUGGUGACGACGAUGUUGAAGAACAGUACGGUUCGAGAGAUGCCUUCCCCGAAUGUUCGUAUAACCGCUCUAAAGUAUCUUGGAGUUCUCCCAAAGGUGGUCCGAUAUGAUAUUCUCCAUCCGCUUAAGGCUACUGUCAUCCGCGAGCUUGCAAUCGCUCUUGAUGAUCCGAAACGACUCGUACGUAAGGAAGCAGUGGAAGCAAGAACUUCAUGGUUUAAAUUUCAUGGCUAAUGCAUCGCGGGGUAUUUAGUCUAUGUAAAAGCAAGGUGAACACUCGAGGAGAGUACAAAAGUAUGACUUGUAAUGUAUCUACGUAGAGAUGUAAAAAAAGAAUAGUGUUGUUCAAAUGCAAAUUUCCUAUAUAU